AUGCCCAGGAUAAGGCCUUCGACUUUUCGGAAAGCCCUUGCCAUAGAUAAAGCAUUGCCUUUUUUACUUCCAGAAUGCAGAUCCAUCGCUGCCGCUAAACAAGAGCUACAAUGGAUCAAACAAGAAUGCCACACAAAACGUCAAGUAUUUGAAUUUUGUAAACUGCGACGUAAUCAUUAUCCGUUGCAGUACCUUCUAAAAUCACAGCCGUUCGGCCCUUUGGACAUUUCUUGCAAACGUGGCGUCUUGAUUCCACGGUGGGAAACCGAAGAAUGGACAAUGGACCUUGCACAAAGACUAGUAAGUAAUAGCGAACUGCGUCUCGUGGAUCUGUGUACCGGUUCUGGUUGUAUUGCUCUUUUGAUGAAGCAUCUGCGACCAAAACUAACCGUCAAUGCCUUUGAUUGCUCACCUCUAGCAAUAAGUCUGGCUUCCCAAAACGCUCAAAAGCUCAAUAUUCACGUUCAGCUGGGCUUACAAAAUAUACUUGAUGAUAGCGCCGCUGCCGCUCUUCCUGAUUUCGAUAUUAUCACCUGUAAUCCGCCAUAUAUUCCGCACUCGACCUUUGUCAAAGAAACCUCCACGUCGGUAAAACUUUAUGAGCCAAAACUAGCACUUCUUGGGUCAUUCGAGUUUUACGAAAAUUUGGUCAAAACUUGGCUUUCUAAAACUGACGCUUUUGUUUAUGAGGUUGGAGAGCUAUCUCAGUGCACUUACGUCCAAAAUAAGAUUGCACAAGAUUCUAUAUUGUCUAAACUGUGGCGAGUGGGAUUCAAGUUUGAUUCCAACCAUCGCAUAAGGGUAGUUUACGGCUAUAAGCAAGCCAAUACCACAGUGGAUUGGAGUAAGAUAUUCCAAGAUUUUGGUGAGCUUAAACACUAA